CCCGGUUGUUGUACCGUUUCCGUCAUCAUGUCCCCAGCGUCGGCCGCAACGGCCAGUGAGAGCAGCACCACCACCACCGUCCCCGAAGAGGAGUCGGACAGCCCCCGGGAGGAGCAGCGGCCCCAGAAACAGUCCCUGACUAAAUCCUUGUGUCAGGAAACCCAUUGGAAAUGCCUGCUGCUAUCCCUGCUGAUGUACGGCUGCGUCGGGGUGAUGGCCUGGUGCCAGGUGACCAAGGUCACACGCCUCUCCUUCGACAGUGCUUACAAGGGAAAGUCUAUGAUGUACCACGACAGUCCCUGCUCCAACGGCUACAUCUACAUCCCUAUGGCCUUCCUGGUCAUGCUCUAUGUGGUCUACCUAGUGGAGUGCUGGCACUGCUACACCAGGAAUGAGCUGCAGUACAAGGUGGAUGUGGACACUGUGGCCGAGCGCAUCCAGCGAAUGCAGCAGGCUACGCCCUGCAUCUGGUGGAAGGCCAUCAGCUAUCAUUAUGUCAGGAGAACACGGCAGGUGACACGCUACCGUAACGGAGACGCCUACACCACUACACAAGUGUACCAUGAGCGAGUCAACACCCACGUGGCUGAGACGGAGUUUGACUAUGGGAACUGCGGGGUUAAGGACAUUUCAAAGCACCUGCUGGGCUUGGAGGGAUUCCCUAUCACCAGGCUGAGGUUCACUAAGUGCUUUAGCUUUGCCAGUGUGGAGUCAGAGAACUCCUAUCUGACCCAGCGGGCCAGGUUCUUCACCGAGAAUGAGGGUCUUGAUGACUACAUGGAGGCCCGUGAGGGAAUGCACCUGAAGAAUGUAGACUUUAAAGAGUAUAUGAUUGCCUUUUCUGACCCCAGUCACCUUCCCUGGUACGCAUCUAACUCCACUUUUUGGGUGGCAGCCGCUUUCACCCUCUCCUGGCCUCUGCGGGUGCUGACAGAGUACCGCACUGCCUGCGCACACUACCAUGUAGAGAAGCUGUUUGGAUUUGACUAUGUGCCAGCAACACCAUCUGAGGAGCGGCCGUACUGCCGACACAUCCCACGAGUCAACACAAUUGACAGCACAGAACUGGAGUGGCACAUCCGCUCCAAUCAGCAGCUGGUGCCAAGCUACUCAGAGGCAGUUCUCAUGGACCUGGCCCAGCUCUCAGGGAGCUGUAACAGCUACUCCAUAUGUGGAGGCUACGGCAGCUACAGGCAGAACUGUGAGCGGUGCCACCGUGCCAUCAGCAGCUCCUCCAUCUUCUCUCGCAGCGCCCUCAGCAUCUGCAACACAGGGAGCCCCCGCAUCCCCUUCAGCGCCAGCCGCUUCUCACUGGGCCGCUUGUACGGCUCCAGGCGUAGCUGCCUGUGGAGGAGUAGCGGGAGCCUGAAUGAGCGGUCCUGCCCCACAGAGAGCACGCGCUGUCUGUCAGGCCAGCAGAACAGUGAGGAGAACCCUCCAGCCUAUCAGGAUGCUCUAUACUUCCCAGUGCUCAUUGUACAUCGCAAUGAAGGCUGCCUCAACCAUGACCACCACUCCCUGCACAGAAAUGGCUCAUGUGUAGAGACUUCCCUAUGA